AUGAACACAGGGAGGGGAAGUUGGGGAGCCGGCAACAAAGAGGCGGAUACAUUGCCUCCCGCGACAACACCGUUGGUAAACCCGGCGUUCGCAUACCGCGCGGCACACGAUGCCGUCAAUGAGCUGCAGCACGGACUGCAGGGCUACGAGCAGCAGGUGUCGAAGGUCAUACAACAUAUUAACACCCUCGCAAGCAGUGUUGAAUCGCUGCGGCAGCACUACGAGGCAGUAGUGGAGGAGCGUGACUACAUGAACCGCUCCCUCGAGGCGGCGGAGGGGCGCAUGCUGGACGUGCAGCGGGUCGUGCAGCGGUACGCCUCGGUGACGGAUCCUGUAGUGGCCUCCGACGGCUUCACGUACGAGCGAGAGGUAAUCACAAACUACCUCAACGAGUGCCAAGCCCUCAAGAAUGUGCCCAUGUCACAACAGACACACACGGAGCUGACGAUGCUGCUGUUUCCUAACCGCUCAUUCAAGCGGUUCCUGGAGCAGCUGAUGGAGACGAAGCCGGCUGACAUGCGCACCGACGUGGCCAGCAGUCACGGUAACCACAGCGGCAGCGCUAACGCCGCCGCGCAGGGCCGGGCAACAGGCAACGGCCAAAACAAUCACAGAAACGAAACAAACAGCAAAGGCGCCAAUGCGGGUGCCGCCGGCGGCGAGCGCCUGCACCCCUGCGUGCGUGUGUACGGCUACUGCAACUACAAGGACACCUGCGCCUAUGCGUUGUACCCGUACGAUGCGUGCCUUUCGCACUUGAAGGGAAAGUGCCGCUUCCGCUCGCAGUGUCACGAGCGCCACGUUGACUUCCGCGGCCCGCUGAACAACACGCCCGCCAACGGUGAGGGGCGGGGCAAUAGCGCCAACGCCGCAGCCUAG